AACGUUCUCUGCAGCCGGUCUGGGUCUGACAAGUGCCCUGGUACAAGACAGCGUGAUUCGGUUUGUGUAAGACUGCACACCAGUACCUAGGAAGCUGUCUGCUGGUUCUUGCCCAAACCUGCUUGUCUCUGGGAGAUGGAUCACUUCUCAUCUCCUGAUUGCAGGUCUAGGAGAAUCCAGCAAAAGCUGGAACGGGCUCUGAGAGAGGGCCUUGAAAUCAAAGCAUCGAAGUAUCAUCUUCACUGAAAGAGGAAGAUGGCUUCCAAAGGCCUGCGGCUGCUCUUACUGCUGAGCUGGGUAGCUGGCCCUGAAGUCCUGAGCGAUAUCUUGAGACCAAGCUGUGCUUCGGGAUGGUUUUACUAUAGGUCCCACUGCUAUGGGUACUUCCGGAAGCUAGGAAACUGGUCUCAUGCUGAGCUGGAGUGUCAGUCAUAUGGAAAUGGAUCCCAUCUGGCAUCUGUCUUGAAUCAAAAGGAAGCCAGCAUCAUAUCAAAGUAUAUAACUGGCUAUCAGAGAAACCUGCCUGUGUGGAUUGGCCUGCAUGACCCACAGAAGAAACAGUUAUGGCAGUGGAUUGAUGGGUCUACAAACCUGUACAGACCCUGGAGUCCCAGGACAAAGAGUGAAGCCAGACACUGCGCUGAGAUGAGCCCCAAGGAUAAAUUUUUAACUUGGAACAAAAAUGGAUGUGCUAAGCGCCAACACUUCCUGUGCAAGUCCAGGCCAUAGAGCAAGAAUCGAGCGUCUACCAGCCUUGCACAAACUCUUUCUACUUCCCUCUCGCGUGGUGGCUGAUCUAAUCAUUAUCCCAGAGAGUAAACAUGACAG